AUGCCUGACCUUCGCACGCUUAAUAAGCAGGAGCACCAGCUGCGGAAAUCACUGGAAGGAAUUCAGCAGUUCGUCAGUGGUUUCCAAACGAAGCGAGAUGCGGGACAAGUGAGCGUUAGACUGGAAGCAUUGGACAAGCUGUUCAGUCAGUUUCUCGAGAUCCGAAUGCAAAUCGAGCUGCUUUUGGAGGAUGCGAUUGAGGACGGCGAUGGCGAUGAAGAAGCGCUCGUCGAGCAGAACGACAAGGUACGGCAGGACUUUGAAAACGUAUACUACGCGCUGAAGUCCGAACUGCAGGCCUUCCAGUCGAUUGGAUCCAGUACGUCGAAGAGUUCCACGCUUCAAGCCCCGGAUGCGCAAGUAGGAACCCAGUUUGCAAAAGUGAAGCUCCCCGAGAUUAAGCUGCCGUCGUUCUCUGGAAAGAUCCAAGAAUGGGUGCCGUACCGUGACAGCUUCCGGAGUCUUAUACACGAUAGUAACCUCCUCACGGAAGUGGACGAGUUCACCCAUUUGAGGUCUUCGUUGUCCGGUGAUGCGCUGCAGGAAAUAAACUGCAUUGAUUUGUCUGCAGCCAAUUACGCGGUAGCGUGGAAGGCGUUGGAGAGCCGAAGGGAAGGCUACGAGGAACUCAACCGAUUGAUCAGCGCUUUCGAGAAGAACCUGCAGAUGCUGGAGAAGAUCGGCGAAAAACCUUCGGAUUGGAGCACGAUUCUCGCCUAUAUGGUUUGCUCCCGAUUAGACAUGGCUACCCUGCGCCACUGGGAAACCCACCACAACAGCAAGGAAGUUGCACAGUAUCCCGCUGUGAUGGACUUUCUGAAGAGUCACUGCUCCGUUCUACAGUCGAUCGCUCCAUCAAGGUCUACGGUUCCCAUCCAGCAACGACAAUCUCGUCCAGCGGUGUGCAACACAUCUUUCAAGUCCACUCUGAAGUGUCACUUCUGCAGCGAGCCACGACACUCUGUAUUCCAGUGCGCAAGAUUCAUGCGGAUGAGCGUGCCGGAGAGGAUUGAAGCUGCAAACAGGAACAAGCUCUGCCGGAAUUGUUUGUAUCCUGGACAUUGGGCCAGAACCUGCGAGAAGGGAACGUGUCAUCAGUGCCAUCAGAAGCAUCACACACUGCUGCACUCUGACGCACCCAAAUCCUCCGUUCCACCCACGCAGUCAAGACCGUCGACAGUUAAUCCACAACCUAGACAGCCACAAUCCAAGCCGCCAACACCGAACCAACAGACACGGACUGCUAACACUGCAAACACACCAGACUCACACACUCAGCCAGCCACAGAACACGCCACUACAAGCCAAACACAUGUAGCUCUCCCAAUUACACCGACACAAACCAUCAUUCUCUCGACCGCACUAGUCAGCAUUCAAGACCGCUACGGCAACCCCAUGGUAGCACGAGCUCUGCUUGACUCGUGUUCACAGCAUUGUCUCAUGACAAGAGGUUUCGCUAGCAAGCUGAAGCUAGACAAAACGCCAGUCUACCUGUCGAUUCAAGGCAUUGGAUCGUCGCAAACAGUGUCGACAAAGCUGAUUACCGCUGUAGUAGGUCCAAGGUCACCGAACAUAUCGUCGUUCGUCGAAGAGAUGUCGUUUCACGUGUUGCCGAAGUUGACUGUUUCACUGCCGACAGCAAGCUUCUGCGUCGCAACGUGGAAUCUUCCAAAUCCCUCGCUGCUUGCGGAUCCCAAGUUCUUCGAGAUGGGACCGAUAGACAUCAUCAUCGGAGCAGAAUACUACAUGGAGCUGCUUAAAAACGAACGGCGGAGGGCAACCAAAGACGGCCCGACUCUACAAGACACCGUGUUCGGAUGGAUUGUUUCCGGUCCCGUUCCCGAGGGUCCGAAUACUGCAUCGAACUCCCUAACCCACGUUUGUUCGACGGCGGAGAUCCAGGAUCAACUUUCCCGGUUCUGGGAAGUAGAGACUUGCCAGUCAACCAGCACGCUGUCGGUCGAAGAAUCGGCCUGCGAGGAGUUUUUCGACAGGACGACGUUUCGGGACGAAGAAGGGAGGUACGUAGUCACACUGCCGAAGAAGGAGCGAGUGAUCCAGCAGCUAGGCGCCUCCAGAUCUACAGCAAUCAAGCGCUUUUUGGGAGUAGAACGGCGGCUCGCGAUGAAUCCAGAACUGAAGAAGCAGUACGCGGAGUUCAUGCGCGAAUAUCUGGACAUGAGCCACAUGUAG